GUGGUUCUGGGUUUGAUCAGCGAUCAUAUUUGUCACUCUUUGGAAAUGGCGGCUGUUGUUGCUUCUGCUCCUGGGAAGGUGUUGAUGACUGGAGGCUACCUCAUACUCGAGAGGCCAAAUGCAGGGCUUGUGUUGAGUACAAAUGCACGGUUCUAUGCGAUUGUGAAGCCGAUCAAUGAAGAAGUCAAGCCUGAUAGUUGGGCAUGGCAAUGGACAGAUGUUAAAUUAACAUCGCCACAGCUCUCAAGAGAAAGCAUGUAUAAACUGUCACUUAAACAUUUGACUCUUCAGUGUGUGUCUGCAAGGCAAGAUCCCAAAGAAUUUUUUUGGAUGCGAUGCAUCUUUCCAUAA